UUAUAAAUGACUAAUAUUUGAUUCACUUAAUACUCGUCUUAAAUACAAAUAAGCUUUUCUUAUCUAUUCAAUGCGAUAACCGAAACAAUACAACAAAAUUACUUAGGUAAACGCGCGCUAUAUAGGUAGUCAUAAUAGAUAACGUGGACUCAUUUUUAACACUGAUUCAGUUUUAAAUAGAAUUCACACGAAAAAUGUCUUCAGAGGAAACGUUCCACGAAAUCGAGCUCAGAUCUGAAGAAACAAAGACACCGAGGCCUUCAUCCACGUCACGAGUCAACAAUUUUUUCCAAAGUGCCUUUAGAAAAACCUUCGCCAAAAAGAAACGACGCUUCACAACUCCGAUAGCUGAAGCUGACUUGCUGAAAAACAGCAUCUCUGGACCAGCUAAUGUCAGCGAAGUGGUAUUUUCCGAAGAAGAUUUCGGAUUUUCGAGGAAUUCGAUACAGUGUUGUCCGUUUGAUAUUAGCGGGUACGGUGCGUUUUUGUUAAUGGACGAGUUUAAAGUGCAACGGCCCAACAAGAUGGUUUUGAUGGUGUUUUUGUUUGAGAAAAUUAUUAUUUUUACUAAGAAACAAUCACCAUCUGAAGACUCCUUCUACUACAUAGGUAGCAUAAAAGCCAACCAGAUAGAGCUAGAACCUCCAAACGAAAAUAAAAAGUUGCUCGAACUCAAAGAUCACUUGGCCAGCAAAAGGUUCCACAGGGAAACCAUAUUUUCUCUGGAAGCUCCUACCGAGUACAUCCAGCAGCAUUGGAGAAAAGCCAUCGAAAAAUGCUUGUGGAGUCAAUUCUUGCAAGCCAAACGAGAUGCAAAAACUUGAAAAUUGAAUUUAUUAUUGGAUUUUUUUUGCCAAAGGUACCUGAAUAUGUAUUAUAAUAGUAAUUAGAUUGAUAUUUAUUAUUGGAGUGCAAGUAUUGUGAAAUUGUUAU